GUGUUCUUCAGGGUUUCUGAUAUCGUCUAAUCGCGUCCCAAAAUGACGCUUUAUAGUUGCUUAUGGAUCUUUAUUGAUCGAAUUUGUACAUGCUGGUUGUAUUUGUGUCAGUAUAGCCGAUUCUCUUUUAUUCCUGUAUCUCGCGACGAUCUGAAUUUGUUCGAUUGGGGACUUUUGCGGUGGAAGAUCGAUCUUCGACACCUCUAUGGUUUCAAUUUUGUUCAAAAUUAGAUGACUGUGCUAUUGAUCGAUUGUAUGUUUUUUUUUUGGAUCGUACGGAUUCUUGGUUGGGUUGAUCUUAGCAUCGUUAGGAUUCGGAGAAGUCCCUUCUUGAUCGCGAACUUAUUGUGAGAAUUAGGGAAAAUAAAGUUAGUUGUAGUUUAAUUAUACGAUAAAAGGUAGCCCCUUAAGACCUUUCUUAAGUCGAAAUUUUCGUGUAUCUUGUUGAAACGAAAGUUGAAAAUUGAACCUCGUUUCUUUUGUUUUUCUUAGUUCCUUAUCGGCAGGAACUGUAGUUACUUUAGUGCAAAAUAAAGGGAUUUUAAGAGGCCAAACCGGUGGACGUGUGGUAGGUUUUGAUUGAAGACAAUGAUAAGGUUUAUCCUUACAAAUGGGAACUGAUGUUAUGGAUUGAUAUUAUGCUAGUUUGAUAUUUUGUUGGGGAACUUAAUUAAAUUAUAGAUAAGAAUUGAAAGUUCUUCCAGUGACCGCAGAACCCUGCAUUGAAUUAAUGCAUGUCUAAGAUGUUGGACGCCUAGCUUUUAAAUUCUCUCACUUUUCUUGUUAAUUUGUGCAAAUCUUGUUCGAGGUUUUUUAGAAGUGCAUAUGAAUAUUGAGAAUUAGAAAAUAUUAUAUUUAUGCAGCAAUUUUUUAAAUUUCAUUGUGUGGAGUCAUUGUUACUUUGCUUUUUGAAGACAUGUUGUUCUGUUCUAUGUUGUUCUCACUAAUUACUACCCUAGAUGAUCUUUCAGCUUGCUGACUGGCAUAUAACACGAUUCCCGAUUGCAUGAGCUCCUUUAGGUAUUUCCAGCUCAUGGCUACUAUUUUUCAAAUGAAUUGCUAGCUUCUGUCAGCACCUAUAGUUCAUGGAAAUACAUAAAAAAUUAGUGCAGCUUUAGCAGCAUAUUCACAAGUUCAUAUUCUGUGGAAAUGGAGCAAUCUUGCAACAUUCUGGUAAUUUGGAGAGGCAAGCAGUUCGAUGUAAAUGUCAACCCAGAUUCUAAUGUCAAGGAGUUUGGGCAGAAACUUCAGGAAUUGACUAAUGUCAGACCUGAUACUAUGAGACUUUUUGUUCCACAAAAGAAUAACAAAGGUUCAAAAAUGCUCAGCCCAUUUUCUGAUGUUCACUCGAUGUUAAGCUUGCGAGAAUCAGCAAUCCUUGAGGGAAAGACUAUCAAGAUGAUGGGUGUUUUUAGUGAUGAGGUCGAUGAGGUUUCUCAUAACAGUAAUAAACCUGACCUAAGGAUAGCUGGUUUUGCUGAAGAGGAACAGAGAUUGAGACAGAGAACGAUAUAUAGGCCUCAAGCUUCUCUGAAACUUCCACAAGGAACCUACAUUUUCUGUGAAUUUCGCACACUUCAGAUUCCAGGAAUUGAGUUGAACCCUCCACCAUCUGAGGCUCUGAGAAGAAUGCACAUGCUUGCCUGUGAUCCUGGGAUUAUUGCUAUCAUGAAUAAGCAUCGGUGGCGGGUUGGUAUUAUGAGUGAAAUGGCACCUGAGGGAUAUGUAGGAAUAAGUCCAAAAUGCAUUCUGGGAUUUAAUAAGAAUCAUGGGGAAGAGAUAUGCCUUCGAUUGCGUACAGAUGAUCUUCAAGGAUUUAGAAAAUAUGAAAGCAUCAAAAGAACACUUUUACAUGAACUUGCCCACAUGGUGUACUCCGAACAUGAUUCUAGUUUCUUUGCUUUAAACAAGCAGUUAAAUGAAGAAGCCGCUAGCCUAGACUGGACAAAAUCCACAAGUCACACAUUGAACGGUCGCAAAUACCUUGAUCAUUAUGAAGAGGAGGAUUAUGUCGAACUGAGUAGCAAGAAUAGUGGUCAAAAGCUUGGGGGUGCAACAAAUUCAUUAGUUUCUGCACGUGCAUCAUCGAUUGCUGCUGCCUAUAACCGAAUGGCAAAUGCCUAUAAUCAGGGAAAAUUUUCUGAACCUGACCCAGAUGAUAUGGUGACUUCAGAGAAUGAUGCCAUGCUUGUGGAUAUGGUUAUGGAUGCCAGGAGACCAUUUUCGAAAUCAUCAAUGCUUGAUAUGCUUGAUGAGCUUGACCCUGAUGAUUCCUUGGACCAUAAGAACAUGUCUGAGUCUGACCCCGAAAAUUCCUUGGAUAAUAAGAACAUUUCUGAACCUGACCCUGAUGAUUCCUUGGAUAAUAAGGACAUUUCUGAACCUGACCCUGAUGAUUCCUUUAAUAAAAAGAACGAAUCUGAACCUGACCUCGAUGUUUGCUUGGAUAGUAAGAACAUGUCUGAACCUGAUCCUGAUGAUUCCCAUGCUAGACGAUUGAUAGUGUCUAGAAGUGAACCUGAUCCAGAUGAUACCUUAGGUGGUGAAGAUAUUAAAUUAGCCAAGGAGACUGAUUCAACAGGUACCAGGUCAAACAAGGUAGACACAAGCAAUCCAAGAGAUUCUGAACCUGAUCCUGAUGAUUCUUUGAAUAAUGUACUCUUGGAUGCACAAAUGGAAGAAAUGCAUCUGGGAAAACACUGUAGAGAGCCUGAUCUGGAUGGCUUUGUUAAAGACAUGGUUUUGGGAGAUUAUGAGAGGUUGCAACAAAGUGCUGAAGGGCCACUGGCGACUGAAAAUUCGAUGGCAGUUGACCAUGUCAAUGAUUUGGACAAUCAAGAGCUACAAAGAAUUGAAGAACCUGCCGCUCUUUUUUGUUCCCGUCUCCAGAGAGCCAUUGAUAUCCUACGAUCAGAAGCAACACCUUUACAGGCCACCUCAGUUCUUCAAACGCUUUUCAGGAUUAUCAGGAACGUAAUAGAACACCCAGAUGAGGUCAAGUUCAGAAGACUGAGAAAGGCCAAUCCCCAGUUCCAGAGGAAUGUGGCAAAUUAUAAAGCUGCAAUGGAGGUUCUCACUUUGGUCGGCUUCUGUGAGGAUGUCAUAUCUGAUGAGAUUGGCAGAGCCGAGACAUUCUUGGUGUUGAAAAGAAAUGAUCCUGGCUUGCUGUGGCUUGCAAAAUCUUCUCUCGAGCUGUCUAUAACUUAGUGCCAACUAUAACACAACUAUAUCAAAUGAUUUGUUUGUACUUAUCAUGUGUGCAAAUGAUUGGUAAAGGUGAUGUCCAACUACCAACAGCUACUAGGAGUUAACAAUGAUUCCAACCACAUACAAGGAAGACGUGUAAACAAAGGAUGAAGUGCUGGAUUCUAUGUUGUUCUAUAGGGGACUAUUGGCUGAUUAAUAAAAUGUGAAUAAAAAAGGUCAGUACUUAUAUUACAUAAUUGUUUAUCAAAGUUUGUUUGAAUGUAUGUUUUGCCUUCUAAUGCAAAUAUAAUUGUUUUUAGGAUUCUGUA